AAGACGACGAUGUCAACAGCAGGAGCGUAGCAUUCAAGCAGAGCGAAGACGCGGGCGUUUGUGAGAGUGUGUGUGUUCAAGUGCCGCAAGGAUAAGGCCAGGAUAUACCAAAUAUAAAUGUGACAUUGCUCUAGUGACACCAAAACAAGUUCUUUUGAAUAAAUAGACAAAGGAGACCAAGCUCCAAGAACUGACAAAGCAACGGCCGAAAUAAAAGAACAUAAAAAUCAACUAUGCAAGCGUUUAAGGUCUUCUCGCUUCUGGCGUUCUUCCUCGUCUUUGUUUCCGCCCGCGGCAGCAAGCUACGGGAUGGCCCCAUAACGAUAAGUGACGACGAACGAAGAAAUAUCGAGGACUUCCUGUUGGCCAAAUUAAAACAGAACUGCAGACAGGAGGAUGAUAGAGCCUGUAGGAUGAUUAAGAUGUCGAUUGUUAUGAAUCACCUGUGGUUGAAUACCCGCCUUGACCUCGGCGACCGUGUCAAGGUCACAGAGAACUGGAACAUCUCUAUGGUACCCGAUGAGCCGGAGGUAAACCAGCUCUUGGCCCGUUCCCUGGGCUCCGACGAGGAAACCUUCGCCCUGCUGAUGGCCAACAAGCUGUGGAAGUUCAUCCGGUCCCGGUCGCUGCGCUACAAGUUCUCGGAGAACGCCGACUUUGUGAUGAACAGCGACCCCGAGGGUGCCCUUAAUGUGGGCGUGUCUGUGAAGCCGCUGGAGGCGUUGCAGGAAGGCCGUGGCAAGAUGAAGAACAUGGGGCCCGUGCUGAUGAUGAUGGCGGCCAAGACGGGCAUGGUGGGGGCGCUCCUGCUGAAAGGACUCUUCCUGCUGGCUGGCAAGGCGCUGAUCGUGUCAAAGAUCGCCCUGCUCCUGGCGGUAAUAAUCUCGCUGAAGAAGCUGCUGUCCAGCAAGAAGACUAUCGUGGAGGUGCCGUCGCACCACGACAGCUACAGCUCCGGCUGGUCGAGGGCCUUCGACGGAUUCGUGGAGGGGCUGGUUGAUGUGCCCGCCGACGUCCUCGCCAAGGAGCUGCAACACCAGCAGCAGCAGGAACAGGCCCAAAACCUGGCCUACAGCGGCCAGCAGCCGGGAAAAGUGGCGCAAUAAACUUGAUUCGACCUGUUAUGUAUGUCAUUAGAUCAGGAAUGAACUAAAUUGGGUUUUCCCCUAACAAUUUCCUUCUGGCUUGGGGCUCUCACACUUUUUUAUCGCUCUUUUAGGAUCUCUAGCUGCAGCCACUUUCUCUACUUUCUUUCCUUUUCUCACUUACUCUUCUUCUCUCU